UUUCUAAAGAUCCGAUACGAAAUGGAUGUAAAUAAAGACGUGGAGGUGAAAGAACAGAAAAGUUUUAAUUUACAAGGGGUAAUAAUUGAUGAAAGUAAUGAUUCUGGGGAGAAAACAUCCUUAAAGCAAGACUUAAAACUGGAGCCCGAACAAUAUAGCUUCGACUCAAAUAACUUCAAGAAAUACUUUUUGCGUGAGACUAAACUUAAGCCUGAUGCCUAUAUUGAAGCUGACACUAUAAAAAGCAAAAGGAAAAGAAGUAAAACCAAUGCAAUAACAAAGAAUAUUAUAGAAGAUUUAUAUAUUUGUGAUGUUUGUGAUUUCACAACAUCAUCAGAAAUUGGAAUGACUGCACAUAUAAACAGUCAUAUUAAAAUUAUAAAUAAAUAUAAAUGUAAUAUUUGUAAACAAGAGUUCAGUACAAACACAUUAUUAAAAAAUCACAAAGGUAAACAUGAAGAUGAAACAUUUCUAUGUAAAAAAUGCAAACUUGCAUUUUCAAAUCACAGAGCAUAUCUUACUCAUUUGAUAAAUCAUAUGACAAAGCCACCCUAUACUUGUUAUGAAUGUGAUUAUGAAUUUGGAAAACGACUAAGUUUAAAGGCUCACAUAAAGAGUCAUUUUUCAGACGUUGAAGUUCAAUGUCCUAUCUGUAAGAAAAAAAUUGAAAAGAGAUUUAUGAAUAACCAUAUUCAAGCGCAACAUUCUGCAACUGAAUGUAUUGAAUGUCAUAAAAUUGUGUCAAAGAAUAACAUUGAUUACCACAUGGCAGUACACACUGGAUUAAAACCUGUCCAAUGUUUAUAUUGUGGCAAGGGGUUUAUAAACACAUCUCAAAGACUAAGACAUAGUAGAGUACAUACACAAUACAGACCAUACAAAUGUGAAAUUUGCGACCAAGCUUUUCCACAAAAUAUAGACUUACAAAGACAUAUUUUUAGCAAGCACUCAUCACAUCGGUAUGAAUGUGAUACUUGUGGUAAAAGGUUCAAACAAAAGAACUCAUUGGCUAUGCAUAUCCGCAUACACACAAACUACAAACCAUAUAAGUGUCCUAAUUGCCCAGAAGUGUUUACAGUGUUACCAUCUUUAAAAUCUCAUUUUUAUGCAAGACAUAUUAAAGAAAACAGAUUUCAUUGUGAGACAUGUGGUAGUAAAUUUAAGACGGUACAGGGCUUAAGAAGGCAUAAAUUGGCUAAAGCACACCAAAGAAAUGAAUAUAAGUUAAGGAUGGAGAAAUAAAUAAUCUUUAUCAAGAAUAUCAAGUCAUACUAAAUGAUUUUUAUAAGGCACAGAUAAUUGACAAAAAUGUAUUUUAUAUAGGCAGCUUAUAACUAGAGUUUUGAAUCAUGAACUUUAAAAAAGCAAACUUUUCAACCAAUCUUCAAGUCUGUAUUAUAUCGGUAUCACCCAAUUACUCAUGUUAGUUUCCAUUUCCAACUAACAACAAAUGACAAUGUCUGCAGUAAAGAUAAAUGCUUAUUAUAUAUUAAUUAUUAUAUACUUGUAAGCAAACUACAUUGACUUAGUUAGUUACAAGUGUAAAAGGGACAGUUAUAAAGACAAUUUAAAUUCCUAAGAUUUAAUGUAGGAGAAA